AUGCCGAACUCGAACUGGCCGCGCUGUCAGCUGAUUGACACUGUUAAUCAAACGGCCAUUUUCGGCCAGCAAAACUUGUUCAUCUUAUCACGCCAACAAUUGGAUAGUAGGUCAAUGUUGUCACCAGCUUGGCGCCCAAGGAUCAUCGGACUGAAAAGGACAAAAUCUGGAAUUUACACAUACCGCAGCUUUUCGUCCUGGAGUUGCGAGGUAUCCAAAUCAUCAAACGAGUUCCAGAUAUACACAUCCAACUCAAACGAUCCGUUCGUCAAUCUCUCCAUCGAACACUAUCUUUUUGAGAAAUCUCCUCCAGACUCAAAAGUACUGUUUCUGUACGUCAAUAGACCUUGUGUCAUCAUCGGCCGCAAUCAAAAUCCAUGGCUUGAAGUAAACCUUGCGCUACUGGACCAGAAGAGAACUUCCAAAAGUAUCCAACCAAAAAGCUCAACUUUAGGCGAUGUCAGUCUCGUACGACGAAGGUCCGGCGGUGGAACGGUGUUCCACGAUGAGGGAAAUGUCAAUUGGAGCGUAAUCUGCAACUUUACGGAUUUUACACGAGACAAACAUGCCGAGAUGGUGGUACGAGCUUUGCGGAGUAUCGGAGUUGAUAGGGCUAGGGUCAACGAAAGGCAUGAUAUAGUUCUGGACCAGGGGAGCAAAUGGCAGUCUGUCGAUAUCGCAGAUACGCAUAGAACACCUUAUACUAGUCUGGAACAGAGACCGCUUAAGGUUUCUGGUUCAGCUUACAAGAUGGCACGUAACCGAGCAUUGCAUCAUGGAACAGCGCUUCUCAAUUCGCCGAAUUUACGAGCUAUACCUGAGUAUUUACAUUCUCCGGCGAAGCCAUACAUAUCGGCCAAGGGUGUUGAGAGUAUAAGCUCACCUGUUAGCAAUAUUGGGGUUGAAAACGCUGUCUUCGUAGACGCUGUACGAGAACACUUUGUCAAGCAAUAUCGAGUCAAAAGACAUGUCGAAGCAGUCGUGGAUGAUGAUGCCUUGGCCAUCCCGGACAUUCGCAAAGGCUUUGACGAAUUGACCUCUCUCAGGUGGAUAUUCUUGCAAACACCAAGCUUUGAGUUUUCGUCGAAACCUUUCGAGAAUAGACAUGACCAUGUGACUAGCAAGCCCACGAUCUCUUUUAAGGCGCAACACGGAGCUAUUUUUGAUUGCAAAUGGACACCAGCGGGCCAUGCGAUGUUUGAGGAAGGAACUUCAAACGAACUUAAAAAGGUCUUCAUGGGCAAAUACAUUCAUGAAACUCAAGAUUGGUUGGGUUUGUUGCAAGGGCGCGUUCCUUUUGAACAAGCUCAAGAGAUGGCUGCCUUUCUUACGAAGAUGUUUCCAUCACCAAGCGUCUCGUGUGACACAAUAGAUUCAACGAAGCUGCAAUGA